GAUUGAAUGAAUGGUUUGUUUGAGUGAAACACAAACGCAAAACGCAAUGCAUUUAACCAUUGAUUGCAUUGUUUUAACACUCAAUACAUAUGUAAUUAAGGCUUCAAUUAAUUGUAAUAAUGGACUGAAAAAAGGUAUUCAAUAACAUUGCGAUCGAUUGGUUGAUUGGAUCAUCUGUUUGUUGUCAUUGCAAUAAUAAUAACAACAAUUGUCACCAUAACUGGUCCUAACGAUGGGCUCAUUCGUGUCGCACCUCUUCGGCAGCAACACUAACAUCAAGACAAUCAGCCAUUUGUUUAACUCGUAUCCGACGGGCUAUAUAUGCGAUACAACCAAACAGAUUGUGUCCGCACUUCUCGUCGAACUCAACAACAACUACUCCAAUGACGCCAAUCAUAUCAACUGGAACUACAUUCACGAGACAUAUCUUCAGCUCAUACCCCGGGGCGAGAACCUAUUGCUGGUGAUUGACUGCAACGGCUAUAAUAUACUGCAGCGGGCGGUGAGUCUGAAGAGUGUGGAACUGACGAAAUGGCUGCUGAACUACGGGUGUGACUGCAAUCGGGGCACAUGUAGUCUUCCCCUCCAUAUCGCAACACUGAACGGUCCGAUAGAGAUCGUCGAACUUCUGGUCAAAUUCGGCGCGAGAGUGGACUGCGAGGCGCGGAUGUGUUAUCCCGGACCGCACUCUCAAAACUGUGAACUCGGCCGCCGGUCGGGUCUCCUCUGGAACGGCGGCUCUCAACACAGCGCUGCCAACGAUCGGCUCCAGUCGGCCGACUAUUACGCCAUAGACGGCGAUCAGGCGUCGAUUCUGGAGUACGUUAUGGUCAGGUGUGAGGAUAAUUGGCUUCCGUGGCAGUGCCAGAAGAAACCGCUGCUCCACUCGGCCUUCGAGAGGGGCGCCUGGAAUUGUGUCAAUUAUCUCAUCUCCGAAAGACCCGAUGAAAUCAAUCAAUUAUACGACGAAUACUUUCCCAUACAUCAGGCAGUCCUCCAAGACAUCCGAUUCUUGGAACUCCUAAUACAGUGUAACGCAGAUCUCACUCAACGCACGUCAACACAACAGCUGACAGUUCUUCACGUGUUGUUAUUGUUGGGGAAGAAGUCGUCGAACGAGACAUUGGCCACAUUGAAGCUGCUGUUUGAACGCGGCUGCAGACCACUGGUCAAUGAACCCGACAGUCUCGGCAAUACUCCUCUGCACGCACUCAUCGUGAGGUACUCUCUCGAAGAAUCUCAAUAUAAUAGUCCUUCGCAUAACGGAUCCGAACAGACACUUCGGUGGACCACUUGGGAUAUGUUGCACAUUUUCAGGUUUAUUCUACAACAGGGAGUGAUUCAGAGCAUCAAUCGUAAGGGCAAUAGCGCUCUGUGUUGUGUUCUCAGACACGUGAAGGACUGGGAGUUUCGGUUCGAGUUGUUAUAUAUGUUACUGCAAUACGGAGCGGAUCCCAAUUGCGUGGGAAGGGAUGGGUCGGUGCCACUGAUCCUAUGCUUCACACCACUGCUGAACAAGGGUUUGUUGCAUCUGUUGAGUCACUCAAAGAAGGUCUCGUAUCUGAAUUGUGUCCGCAUUUUGUGCAAAUACGGCGCGAAUCCCAACUGUUCUUACUAUCGAAACACAUUGACUCCAUUACACGUUCUAGUCUUCAGUGCCAGUGAAUACAUGUCGUUAACCAAUUGCGACAAACCGGCGGCCUUUGCUUUCAUACGACAAGUGCUGACCGUAUUAUUGCAGCACAAACUCGACCCAAAUGUCGACUUCUCUCAGCGGAAUCAACACAUCUUAUUAGCGCUCUUGGAUUUGGUCCAAAACGCACGCAUGCCUUCCGAUUUGGAUUAUGUCCACGACUUAUCACAAACUCUCAUGAAAUUUGGGGCCAAUCCUGACGUCAAGUGCUCGACAGAGCCAACCAUUUGUCACUCACAGAGUUCUGUCUUCCUUAAGAGAUCCUCAGAUCAUGUUAUCUUCUAUUAUAUUCAUUAUUUGCUCCGAAAAGAGGAACUCCUGAUCGACGACAAGUCGGUUGAGCAGCACUUCUCGAAACUCAUUUUACUCUAUUAUCACACGAUGUCUCACAACGAGCUCUACUCAUGUCUCCAACAACUGAACAAAGAACUACUC